AUGGUUUGGGAGCCCCAGUCAAGGCUCCGGCCAAGCAGCAACCCAGCGGUGCCACGUCACAAACCAACAUCUGCAGGUAUGCUGUGCCCUUCUGUGGCAGGGGUGGGGCAGUCUGAGGAUGGCACGGCCGGUGUGCUCACACUGGGCCCCACACGGCAGAGGGGGCCCAAGGAAUGCGGAAGAACAAGAGGGAGGGGUGCCAAGUUGUAGGGUUGUACAGGCAGGGCCGUAGUUAGGGGGUGGUGAGGUGGGCCCCUGCAGGUGAGCGCAAAAUCGGCUAGAAAUAUGUCCAUAAUUUGUCUAUAAAUAAAAAUACAGUGGUGCCCCGCAAGACGAAUGCCUCGCUAGACGGAAAACCCGCUAGACGAAAGGGUUUUCCAUUUUGAGUUGCCUGCAGGACGAAUUUCCUAUGGGCUUGCUUCGCAAGACGAAAAUGUCUUGCGAGUCUUGAGAUUUUUUUCACUCCCUCUUUAUCUAAGCCGCUAAGCCUUUAAUAGCCUUUUAGCAGCUAAUCCAGCUAAGCCGAUAAGCCUUUAAUAGCCGCUAAACCGCUAAUAGCGCUAAUCCGUUAAGCCGCUAAUAGGGUUGCUUCGCAAGACGAAAAAACCGCUAGACGAAGACACUCGCGGAACAGAUUAAUUUCGUCUUGCGAGGCACCACUGUAUUGAUUAUUGCCUCAUAAGAAAAGGUUUUUAAUAGAGGGUGAAUUGAAUGGGUGGAGGGUUGGAGGAGAGGCAGAAAGAAGAGCUCAUUUGUCCGUGGCUAGGGGGCGUGAUAGGGACGCGGGUGGCGCUGUGGGUUAAACCACAGAGCCUAGGACUUGCCGAUCAGAAGGUCGGCGGUUCGAAUCCCCACGACAGGGUGAACUCCCUUUGUUCGGUCCCAGCUCCUGCCAACCUAGCAGUCUGAAAGCACGUCAAAGUGCAAGUAGAUAAAUACGUACGGGCAUGGCGGGAAGGUAAACGGCGUUUCUGUGCGCUGCUCUGGUUUGCCAGAAGCGGCUUAGUCAUGCUGGCCACAUGACCUGGAAGCUGUACGCCGGCUCCCUCAGCCAAUAAAGCGAGAUGAGCGCCGCAACCCCAGAGUCGGCCACGACUGGACCUAAUGGUCAGGGGUCCCUUUACCUUUACCUUUAGGGGGUGCGAUUUGGACGGUUCUCCAGGGGUGCAAGAUCACCCAGCUACGGCUCUGCGUACAGGAGGCCCUUGACAUAUGAGAGCCUAAAGUUGGCCCUUGAUUGGGCACAGUUCCAGGUUGAAACCUGUGGAGGCCCCUAGGCAGUCAAAAUAGCCCUGGGCUCCUCGCAAACCAUAUCCUGAUACAUUUUUGAUUUUACCAACCAACAAUAAUUAAUAGCUAAAACAAACAGUAUUUAUUCUGAUCUGUUGUUGCCUGGCCCAUAGGCUGGUGCCUGCUCUGUCCAUUGGGUAAUCUGGCUCUGGUGGAGAUCAAUCCCAGAAUUUCCCCCCCCCCCAGUCAUUCCUUCCUUCAGUCAGAAGCAGACAUGGUGUGUGGAACUGGACCAGGGGAAGAAGUGGCUCUCCUUGCCUUCUUAGCCCAUCUUAUUCUCUAAUUUCUGUAUCCCAUGCAAAUGUCCUUCCUGAGGUUCUAGCCAACCUCAGCUGGUGGUCUCAGUUACCAUAACGAACCUUAGAAUAAAAGAGAUACCUGUUAUUACCUAUAUAUUUAUCUGGAACUCCUCCAACCAAUCAGACUAACUGAGCUUGUUUCUUCCUUAGGCGAGAGGCUGGCCAGAACAAAGGGGGAAAGGCUCCCAGCUCAGGUAAGUGGAAAUGCCAACUGAGUGCCCCAUAUUCUAGGAAUGCUUCCUUCCCUUGUCCCCCACCCUCAUGGCCCAGACUGGGGCUAGCAUGGCAGGGAGCCAGGCACCUGCUCAUGUUUCUUUUUUCUUUGCAGUGUGGGAGCCUUUCCCCAACACAUAUUUUGUUCUGGCCAAAUCCCUGGAGAGACGUGGCGAACAUCAGGUAUGAGGGCAGAGGGAAUGAAGGGAUCCUUGUGAGACAUCUUUUGGGAGUCCUAGAAACACUCUCCCCACCUGUGGCUUCCAUUCUCAUGUGAUGUCCUUCUUCCUCCACAGGGCCACGCCUCCAGGGAUGAGGCUCCAGCGCCGGCUCCCGGAAUGA